UUAUGCUGACGCGUCCGUCUUCCUCUCGCUCACCGACGUGUCAGUCCUCUCCUGUCCGCUUCAGAGUAACGCACAGAUUAUUUCAGCUAGAAAAAUGCCCCCCAAAGGCAGCAACAAGCAGCAGUCCGAAGAGGACCUUCUACUGCAGGACUUCAGCAGAAACCUGUCGGCAAAGUCAACGGCUUUGUUUUACGGAAAUGCUCUCAUCGUCUCAGCCAUCCCUAUCUGGUUGUUUUGGAGGAUCUGGCACAUGGACCUUGUCCAGUCUGCGGUUCUGUAUGCAGUGAUGACUCUGGUUAGCACAUACCUGGUGGCUUUCGCCUACAAGAACGUCAAGUUUGUGCUCAAACACAAAGUCGCCCAGAAACGUGAGGAUGCCGUUUCUAAGGAGGUAACCAGGAAGCUGUCUGAAGCAGACAACCGCAAGAUGUCACGCAAAGAGAAAGAUGAGAGGAUCCUGUGGAAGAAGAACGAGGUGGCUGACUAUGAAGCCACCACCUUCUCCAUCUUUUAUAACAACACCCUCUUCCUGGUGCUCGUCAUCGUCGCUUCCUUCUUCUUGCUCAAGAACUUCAACCCAACUGUCAACUACAUUCUGUCCAUCAGUGCCUCCUCGGGACUCAUUGCUCUUCUGUCCACCGGAUCGAAGUAAACCAAGAAUAGAUCGGCAGGAAGUCAAGGGGUUGAUGUUUAAUAUGGGGGGGUGGGGGGUUAGGAAGUAGAAAAGGACAAAGGAUCAACAUUUUCUGUUGUGGUUUAAAAAGAUUCAGAAUACCACAUUUCACUUUCACAAAAUUGUUUGUUUUUUGUAACAAAUAAAGCAACCAGCUUUA